GUGUUUGGCACUUUCAUGACUGAACCGUCUGGAGGUAACAUUUUCAAAAUGAAAGAAGUCAUUUUCCUGCUUUUCUUCCUAUCCUCCAGCCAUGCAGAUCCCAGAGGAAAACCAUAUGAAAAAAAUAUAGUAUGCCAGCAAUUUAAAUAUUUAGGAAAGGAAAACUUUGCUGCCCUAACGGUCAUUAUGAACAGCAGGAAGUAUUCCAAUGCUACGUUUGAGGAGAUAAACAAUAUAGUGAAGGCUAUAGUCUUGCUGACAGAAAAAUGCUGUGUUGAAGGAGCUGCUGCUGACUGUUAUGAUAAUGAGGCAUCAGCUCUGUCAGAAAAAUCCUGUGAUCCAAAGUCUUCAUUUCCAAAACAUCCUGGAGUCACUAGUUGUUGUGUUCAAAAGGGUCUCGAACGAAAAUUGUGUUUAGCUGAUUUAAAGCAACCUCCAAAGGAAUUCCCUACUUAUUUGGAACCAUCAAACGGAGAACUGUGUACUGCCUUUAAGACCAAUCCUCAGUUAUUUUCUAUUAAAUUUCUCUAUGAAUACUCCAGUAAUUUUGCACAAGCUCCAUUUCUAAUAGUCAAAAACGCCACAGAAAGCUACUUAAAAAUGAUACAAGAAUGCUGUACAGCCAAAAAAAUAGCACCGUGUUUUCUCAAACAGAGACUUCAGAUGCACCCAGUGCAUUUACUUACUGUGAUGUCCAACAGGCUGUGCUCUCGCUUUGCAAGUUAUGGAGAAGAAAAACUAAAGUUCAGUGCUGCAGUAAUGUUCAGCCAAAAGAUUCCCUCUGCUGAGUUUAAAGAUGUCAUGCCAAUUGUUGAGCAGGGCACUCGGGUGCUUGCCAAGUGCUGCAGAUCUUUUUCUGAUAACUGCAUGGAAAAUGAGAUGUCUGUGCACAUCAAACAAGUAUGUACGAAGCUAUCAAGAGACGCCAGAGUUACUGAAUGCUGUAAAAAAGCACCAAUAGAUACUCUGCAUUGCUUACAUUCCAUGAGUGCUGCUGAGUCUAUCAAGCUUCCAAAGCUUCAGUUGCCACCAGCUGACCAACUAUGUAAAAAGGGCAAGAAUCAAGGGCUUGAAAAGUACAUGUAUGAGAUAGCAAGGAGAAACACUAAGCUGCCAGAAGUGUUUGUUGAAAAGCUGUAUGAGUCUGUUACAGAGAUUGUGAAGAAAUGCUGCAGUUCAGAAAAUGCAAAUUCUUGUCUGGAUAAGAAGAAAUCACAGCUAAAUGAUGAAAUUAAAAAUUAUGUCAGUGAAGGUAAUGAACUGUGUGGAGAUUAUCAUAAAUAUCCAUUCUCAGAAUUCAAGCAAAGGUUAAUUAAAGCUCUCAGCAGGAGGGUGCCUCAACCAACAUCAAAGAAAGCAGAAGAGUUAGCGGAAGAGCGAGCCAACCUGGCAUCAACAUGCUGUAUAAUAAAUGCUCCCCCAGUAUACUGCAAAGAGAAGAUAAACAAGAUCAUCGGAAACACCUGUUCUCAGGAACCUUGCCUUCUUCAAUAGGUGGUUUCCAACCAAAUUCAAGAAAUGAGGAUAUAUUGAUGAAGAAGAAAAACUAUGAAUUCCAAAGUGUAAAACUUUUAAAGCAAAUGAUUGGUCUCUGUGGAUUUUUAGAUCAUGAAUUUUAAAUAAAUGUUAUAGUCAUAACUUGAAUAUUAAAGUUUAUCAUUUAUUUACAACAAGAUAAACAGCCAACAACAGUUGUAAAGCGCAGUUGUCCAAUUUUUAUAAAAAGGAAAAAAGA